AUGCCUUCCCGCGUACCGUUGCUCUACGUAACUAACAGGACGCAGGGCUCUGCCGCCUUUGGCGAACCAGCUAAACACGUUACCCGCCUUCACACUCUCCCCGAGUGCCAGGCCGUCAUAGACUGCUUCACUCAGCAUGGGUAUGGCCUGUACGACUGUGCCCGCGGGUACGGGUUUGGCACGAGUGAGGAGUACGUCGGCAAGCUGGACUUGAAGGGCGGGAGAGUGGAUACCAAGGGAUUCGCUCGCGAGCCAGGGGGACUCGCGCCAGAGAAACUUCGCGCGAUGUUCAACGAGUCCCUCCAAGCGCUGGGGCAGCAAAAGAUACGCGUGUACUACCUCCAUGCACCGGAUAGGAAGGCGCCGGUGCCGUACGAGGACACGCUACGUGAGCUGAAUAAGAUGUAUGAAGAGGGGCUCAUCGAGGAGAUCGGUCUGAGCAACUUCCAUUCCUGGGAAGUAGCAGAGUUCGUCUGGAUCGCGAGGAAGAACGGGUGGAAACAGCCUACCGUCUACCAAGGCGUGUACAACGUCGUCGAGCGGAUGAUCGAGCCCGAACUCAUCCCCUGCUGCCGGAAAUACGGUCUGCGGUUCUACGCCUACUCCCCACUCGCCUCCGGCCUCCUAGGCGGUCAGCUCCUCACCCUAGCCGAUAUAGAGACGACCGAUUCCCCGCGUUGGGACCCCAAGAUCGCGGGUUUGCUCGCAGGAAGGCUGCGCCAGAGGUACACUGCGCUGUUCCCGCUCCUCAAGCCGCUCAAAGACGCGCUGGAGAGGAACGGGAUGGAACUUCCCGAGGCGGCCCUGAGGUGGCUGCAGCAUCAUUCUGCUCUUGGAGAACAAGAUGGGGUCGUCAUUGGCGCGAGUAGCGUAGGCCAGUUGGAGACGAAUAUCAAGUACUGCGAGGCGGGUCCUUUGCCAGAGGACGUGGUCGCCCUUCUAGAUGAGGUGUGGAAGAGGGCCAAGAGCACGGUGUGGCACUACGCGACGCAGAGCAGCCAGGGGUAUGUGCCACAGAAGGCAUAA